CGGCGCGCAACAGCGCGGAUGCGGCAGCGCCGUGCCUUGGCAAGAUUCCGGAGCAGUGCGCUCGGUGUAUGUAUGUCGUGCGUCCGUCUCUCUCUCUCUCUCUCUCUCUCUCUCUGCUCUACAGCGUGUGCCGCAGUAGGCGACGACGAUAGUAGCGUAGUAGAGUAGAGAGACUGCUUUGCUCGGACUGGUAUUCGUCGUAUUUACACACGCCGAAGCUCAUACGUAUAUCGGCGUCCACGAGCACGCGAGGCAGACGGCAGGAUGAACAGCGGGGCUGUGCAGUGGUGAGCGUGUUCUCGAGAGGCCAAAAAAGGAACCUCCGCGGCGGCCAGCAGUAGCAGCGGCAACGCGAUCCAGGCAUCGCGAGGUAUACAACACGCUCGGCUAUAGUGUGCGAGUGCUGUGCAGCAGGCGAGUGGUGCGUGGUGCGGAGCCUCAACGGUGUGUGCGCGCGCGUGUGCAGCAGCAGCAGCACGACAGUAUAAGUCAGAAUGAGCGAGACGACGCCGUCAACGACGACGGUCAGCAACGUGGAGACCGAAUAUCUCGAGAUCAACUCGAAGAACGCCUGGGGUAUACUCGAUCAGUAUAUACGCGAUGAAUGCAGCAAUUAUAACUACUCUUGUGAGGAAAGUAAAAAACCAGAGAAUAGGACUUUUAAUCGUUACAGAGAUGUGUCACCAUAUGAUCAUACGAGGAUUAUCCUCAAAAGAGGACCAUGUGAUUACAUCAAUGCCAACCUUGUCCGGAUGGAUCGUGCUAAUAGACAAUAUAUCCUGACACAAGGUCCACUGCCAAACACAGCUGGUCAUUUUUGGCUAAUGGUGUGGGAGCAAAAUAGUAAGGCAAUAAUAAUGCUGAAUAAAGUCAUUGAAAAAAAUCGGCUAAAGUGCCACCAGUAUUGGCCCCAAGAGAAUUUAUCAGAUCAAACAAUGAUGUAUCCAGACGUUGAUCUCAAGGUGGAAUACAUCAGUAAAACCAGCUCGUCAGAUUACACAACCAGAACUCUCAGAUUAACGGACGUCGAGACGAACGAGAGCAGGGAUAUACUGCACUUUCACUACACCACGUGGCCGGACUUCGGCGUACCCCAGAGUCCUACGGCGUUUCUGCGCUUCUUGGCGGAUGUUAGGCAUUCCGGCGCGCUGGAUCAAAACGUCGGCCCACCUAUCGUGCACUGCUCCGCAGGCAUAGGUAGAUCCGGUACUUUUUGCCUCGUCGAUACCUGUUUAGUGCUGGUCGAGGAAAACGGCUUGAAUUCCGUGAACGUUAGAGAAGUUUUGCUGGAAAUGAGAAAGUCACGCAUGGGAUUGAUUCAGACGCCAGAUCAACUGAGAUUUUCCUAUGCUGCCAUCAUCGAGGGCUCUAAACAGCUGCCACUCAAUAACGUGAACGUCGAUAAUAACGAUGUAGAUACUAAUCAUUACGACAUCGUCAACAAUAUCAUAAAUUCGUCAAUAGAAGAUGAUGAUGAACCACCCCCUCUGCCACCUCCGAGGGGAGAGUCCUUAACCCGUAGCAUGAUGUCAGAUAAUUCGCCUAGCCCCAGUACCGAAAAUGAAAAUACCGUAAGCAAUCCGCCUAAUAAACCAUUACCGACCGAACCACCUGGAGGUAUCAAUUCAAAUUCGAUCGGUGUGGCGAAUCAUGUGAACGAGCAAAAUGCUAACGCCUCGAGUCAAAGUACAAGCGAUGGAGAAAAUUCAUUUCAAACGAACAGCCCACCGUCCAGUCCUGACUCAAAGAACGAGCUGCGCCGACGGCGAAUGGAGAAGAAGGAGCGUCUCGACGCGCAAGUGCGGGAGAUGAAACGCCGACAAAAGGAAUCGGAAGAUUGGCAGAAGCUCAAGAGGUCUUUAUUUUCGCCCCUUUCACUAGGUUUAGGCGCCGCUAUUGUCGGUGGGGGUGUACUGGCUAUCUACGGCUACCUUUACUUGCGCGGCUAGGCUUAUACAAGAGUGUAUGCUAAACAGUCCAGAGAGAUUUAAUACUUAUUUCAUAGAGACAUUAAGAAUGAGAAAUGACUUUAAUGAUUUGAAGCGCGAUGGUAACAGCACUCUUAGUCUCUAUUUUAAUAAGCGUAGAUAAUUCAAAGCUGCUUAAAAGAUCAGAUAUACUACUGCCGUCGCGUGACACUCGUUAACGCAUAUAGACAGAGGGAGGGCGAGUAAUGCAUAACGAUAAUAAACGAUAAAAAGAAAACAACAUAAUGAAAGAAAAAAUGAGAAUGAUCGCGGAGCUUCAAGAUCCCGACGGUGCAAAAAUCUUGAUCUCUAAAUAAGACUCUAACGAUAAAAUUCGAAUUGAUAGAAAACAAUAUUUUUUUACCUAGAAUUGAAAAAAACGUGUCGUAGUCGGGAGAUAUCGUAUAUUUAUUAUCGUCAUUUCAAAGUUUUCUUGUUUUAUAAUUCACGGAGUCUCUUGAUUACCCGACAAUUGCUACCGGUUCCCUCCAUCGGGUAAACGGAAAAAACAUUGUCCAAAAGUACAUAAAUUUACACUUACAAUUAGACAUGGAAGGCUAAAAGGAGUAACUUUCAGAGUAUACAAAGCAUUUAGUUCGGUGCAAAGCAUUAACUUGUAAUGGGAAGAUUUUCCUUUUUCCGUUCCAAGAGUUUCGUGCACGAAGCGUCAACGCGAAUCGUUGAACGAGAUCGCGGGCUUUUUUAUCGUGUGGAUUUUUAGAACACGCGCAUUUCAUGAGAGCGACUAAGAAGUUAGUCGCAGAGUUGGGCGAUAUUUGUAUUAUAAAGAUAAAAUACUAUUAUUCAGUUUUGAUGAUUGUAAUUUUAUGAACAAUAUACUAAAUAGUCUUUUCGUCAACUGUGAUGCAUAUAACACAUAGAAAUUAUCUGUUUUAUCUUCACAUACACACUACUAUGUAUACAAAUAAUGAAAUACUUUAUUUAAUGACGUUACUUAAUAAUUGUGUAAAAUGAUCCUAUACUACUUUACCGUGAUUGUAGUAUAAAUUUUUAUUUAUUAUUAUUAUAAUAUUUACAAAGGCAAGAGUCGCACUUGUUAAAACAAAUCCAGCUUUAUUGGCAGAUCAGAAAUUGAUUUUAUAUACUACCUGAAAAUGAAAAUGAUAAAUCAAUUUUUUAAUCAUGCUUAUUAAUUUUUUUAUUUGCAAUAUUUUCGUUUUCCUCUGCACUUCCACAUGGAGUUGUUGAAUGUUGAAACAAUAUUUAAAAUAUAUUAGAUAUUUAAGUAUCUAUAUGUAAGAGUUAAGAUUGAACUGAUCUAUAUAACUGAUAAAUUUUUCCAAUAAAAUUACAAUUAUUAAAAAUAAUAGUAGGUGUUCACUAUGUCGUUUAGUAAAUCAAUGAAUUUUUACAGUCCAACUCUGUUAAGUCGUCUAUGGGCAGCAAUACGUGAUACAAUUAAAUGCUGAUCAGAUUGACGAAAAGUAUCAAUACAUUACUUUUUCCUUUUUUUAAUCGUGGGUGACUAGCGUCGUCCAGAGUAUAUAAUAUUAAACGUAGAAAAGCAACAAAAAAGUGAGAAUAUCGUUGAUUGCGAUAGUCUGAGCUGAACGAAAGACUGAGUAUGGAUAUACUGAUUUCUAAAUAAAAUAAAAAAGAAAGAAAGAAACAAUAUAAUGCGUAUUGCAACUCGGUGAGGAACGCAUAGGCGGGAAAGGCAUAAAAUGAUUUAGCAGGAGAAUCGCGUAAUCCUUUAACAAGCAAUUUUUACAUGUAACUGUAGAGAGAAAAUAAGAGAAAAUAAAAUAUGUUUAAUCGAGUGGCGAGAAAGUCAGUGCAUAUUCUGGUUCGAUAACAUAAUAUGCUCUUAUUUAAAUUUGUGCUGAUUAAUUUUUUUAUCAUUGCUGACCAUUCAAAGAGAAAAACGGCAAGGGGAUCCGAGUCUGAAUUAUUGAAAAGUCGAAUAACUUGCACUAUAGUCACAUUGAGAAUAGUAAUUUAGUAAAUGUAGAUUUUUCUAAAAUCCGCUAUUUGUUUAUUUACUCGCAUAAAACUCACCAUCCUUAACUGUAUACAUAAAAUAGAAAAAUAUAAAUACAAAUAUAUUUAUUAAGAGAAGCAACUCGUCAUGCUUUCUGAUUUUUUUCAAUAAUUCAGUAUAGUAGAGCAUAGUAGAGAAUAAAAUGAAAUACACGAAGACACGGUGCUACUUUAAAGUUCCAAAACAAAAGAAACAAAGAUAAACACAAAAAAAGAAAAUUAAGGCAGAUCGCAUGAAAGAAUAAGCAUAAUUUGCAAGUGCGUGUGUACAUGUGAAAAAGGGAGCAAAUAUAAAGUGCGAUAGAGUGCCUGGCGCAAACAAAAUAAUUACAGAGGAUUAAAGCAUGAUAUAGAGAACAAUUUACGAUGAUCUAUGGUUUUCACUACACACGUUAUUUCGAUACGCCAAAUAUAUCUGAGAUACUUCAAACAACAAAGAGCAAACAAAAAAAAAACAUACAGAAACAUAGCAAAGUGCCUACUUGUAAGACAGAAAAAAUAAAAGCAAACAGGACAGACGGAUCGAUUUCGCCUUUAGUAAUUUAGUGGCUUAAUGGGUGGUUUUACUCGUGAGAAAGUAUCUUAAAGCUAUAUUUUUCGGAAUCAUAAAUUUUUGGAGAAUAAUGUUUUCGGUCAUACUUUCCCGCUAAUUAAAAAUGCAUUAUUUGGAUUUAGACUUUCUCACGAUAUUAGAUAAUUUAUCAUCUUUCUUUGCUAAAAUAAGGAUAAUCAUUAUUACCCAAGAAAUAUAUCUUUUAGUAAUUGACAAUAUCGUGACAUAUGUUAUCAUUAAAAUCGACAUCCUUGGAUUGCUACUUAUAAUAUAAUCGAAGCAAAUAUAUACCUCUGAUGGGAAAGUUAGAAAAGUAUUCUCGCAAUCCAAAGUGUGCGAAAUCUUAUCAUAAGCAAAGUGAAUUUUUUCUCAUAGGUUUUGCAUAAUAAUUCUGCAAGAUAAAUGACACUUCAAAAUUCAGGGAAUAAUAAACAUUGCGUCGAAAAAGAGAUACAAAUUCUAGCAUCUAAUAAAGAUUAUUUUGAAAUCAUGAGUCUUGAGAUAAAAUUAUUUUGCAAGACUCUAGCCAAGCAACAAACUAUAUAUGCAUAGAUGGAUAUACUUUAUUCAGAAGAGAAUAGAUGAUGAUAACAAUAAUAAUAAUAAUAAUAAUAAUAAUAAUAAUAAUAAUAAUAAUAAUAAUAAUAAUAAACUAUUUCUCGCUACUCAAACUUUCGUAGUUACUGUAUUUAUAAUAUACACGGUGUAACGUUGUAAGAGACUGUACGAAUGCUACUUUUAAU